UUUUUUUUGCUUACACGAUAUAAACAGGAGGGUUUACAAUCAAAAUUUCCGAAAAGCAAAAUUAUCCGUCAAAUUGCAUUGCAUUCUCACCAAUCAUGAUGCUCUCUCAAAGCGCUUCAACUAAAAUUCCGGUACUAAGCCAAAUUUAUUCCCCAAAACUUACCAAUUUCAUUUCGGCUACAAUAAUGCCUCGUCAUCAUGAUCUCCAAAACCAUCAUAUCAUUUCAAAGCUUCGUAUCGCCUACCAGGGUGUUCCAGGAGCAUAUGGGGAGGCUGCGGCGCUUAAAGCAUACCCGAAUUGCGAGACACUCCAGUGCCAGCACUUUCAGGAUGCCAUACAAGCGGUGGAAAGGGGUUGGGCGGAGGAGGCAGUGAUCCCAAUAGAGAACUCAAUCGUCGGCAGUGUACACACUAACUACGACUUGCUGCUCCGCCACACACUUCACGUCGUCGGCGAAACUCAUCUCUUUGUCGACCACUGCCUUCUAGCACUGCCAGCUGCUGCAAAACACCACCUCACCUCCGUCUUCAGCCAUCCACAGGCACUCCUUCAGUGUCAAAUGUCGCUAAACAUGUUGGGGGUAGCUGCAAUUCCUACUCAUAAUACUGGUGUCGCGGCGCAGAUAGUAGCCUCCCGCGGCGUUCAAGAGAACGGGGCUAUUGCUAGUGCUCGUGCCGCACAACUCUAUGGCCUAAACAUACUUGAUCACAAAUUUCAGGACCGAUCUAAUAACAUUACCCGUUUUCUGAAACUUGCAAGAGAACCUCUUCUCCCAGCAACAAAUACACGUUCUAAGACAAGCAUUUCCUUCAUUCCAGAUGAACUACACAAGGCCUUAUCUGUGUUUGCUCAGACUGGGAUUCAUAUCUCCAAGAUUGAGAGCAGACCACUGCAAAAGCUUCCACCUAACGCUGUGAAUGGAUUUAAACAUGGAAGCAACAUGAAUUUUAAGUAUGUGUAUUUCAUCGACUUUGAAGCCUCUGUCAUCGAGCCCAGAGCUCAAUAUGCUCUAGAGCGUCUCCAGAAACUGGCGAUUUAUGUUCGAGUUCUUGGUUGCUACCCUAUGAGCGCCGCCACAUGGUAGCUAGAGAAGCACUCUCUUACCUGUAUAGUUUUCUUUGUUUAUUCCCCACUAAGAGAAAAGGCAGAGGAUGAAAUGAUAAAAUUGUGCCUUUAUUUGUUAUCAUAAAGAUGCAAUAUAUAUAUAUGACAUAUUGGUACUCACAUAUAAAGUUAAUUCUUUUUUCCUUUUUUUUUU